AUGCUUCCAAAUGUGAGAAGCACUUCGAAUGUGCUGAAUGUUCGAACGGGAUUGUUAGGAAAGUCGAAAUUUGCCUGGAGACACCGAGUUUGCAAUUGUACGUACAAGCUUGAACAAACAAAAUACAGGAACUCCAACGGAAUCCAAGAGUUUUCUACUUUUCAACCCUUGAAUAAAAAUGAAAACGACAAAGAACAAUACAGAGAAUCUGGUAACCUGCGCAGCAAUGGGAAAAAAGAGUCCCGAUCAAUAGAAUACGACGAGAGCAAUAAGACGAAUAAAAAGUCUCCUCGCCAAGGUCAAGGAUCUUCCAAUGGCAGUAUUGUUUUAGAUGAGCUUAUUAGUCAUGAUGACCAGCAUGUAAAAGAGAACCAUAAGACCAUGCAUUGGUCUCCCAAGACGGAAGGGAAAAUGUACGAGAUUCCCAACCCUCUUUUAGAAAAGUUAGAUGCACUCGGUGCUAUUGAAAAGCAAAAGAAAAGCUUCUCAUUUUUUUCAAACCCUGUCCUUUUACACCGAGAAGUUACAACUAAACUUUACAACAUUUUACAACGCUCUAAAGAUGUGGGUUCAGAAAAGGGACGAUAUGUAUUGGAUGGCUCGGAUGGUUCUGGAAGGAGCAUUUCUCUUCUUCAAGCUGAGAUUUUUGCGUUCUCUCAUCCUAAUUAUGUCGUGCUGGGACUGCAUAACUGUGAACGCUGGGUCGAUUCUUCCAGUGCUUAUGCGUACAACCCAUCUUCGAAGUCUUGGGUACAGCCAGAGCUUACAAAAGAAUUUCUUACAUCCGUCAUGAAUGUUAAUUCCAAAAUUUUGAGAACCCUGUCCACAUCAAAAAAUUACGAACUUGUUCCUGGAAAGUCCAUUGUUGCUGGUACGGACUUGCAUACUUUUUUGCGUAAGGUAACAAGCAAUCCUGAGCUGUCGGUGAAGUUUUAUCAACCGUUCAUGCAGGAACUGGAUGCUGCCACCAAAAAACCUGGUUCAUCGGUCAAUGUUCUCUUUAUCAUUGACAAUUUGUCUAUUUUAUCCGUCCCUACCAAGUACAAAAAUCCAGAAAACCGUAAUCUUUCGCCGUGCGAUUUCUAUUUUAUAAAAUCUCUCUACGAAUAUUUGUCUGGAGCACGGUCCUUUCACCGUGGAACAGUAUUUGCUGCAACUUCUAGCCAGCCACGUAUAAAAACUCCGUCGCUAGAUGUUGCUCUUGGCAAGGCUAACUUUGAUCCCUAUGUUCCCAUCAACAACUCAGUCUACGAAUCGGUUAAAUCUGUGAAGGUCAUUCCUAUGGAACCUUAUUCAGUUAACGAAUCUCUUUCUGUCAUGGAGCAUCUCGUAAAUUCCAACGUCUGCCUUGAGCCUGUUCAAUCCCAUCUCCAAAAUCACGUUCUGAGUGGAGGCAAUCCUCGACUUUUUUUUGACACUUGCACUCGUCUAACAUAA